CACGAACUCCGGCAAAUGUAAACAACUUUUGACACCUGUUUAUUUACAGGUGUACAAAAAAAACGUUCAAACUGAUUUUCGAAAAGGCAUGGGUUUUUAGUCAAUGUUGACUUAUACAAGCUUGCAAAAUGAAAGACCCAGAGACUCUUAAAAAAGGAGCAUUAGUAUCUGCUGCAUAUGAUACUCUGUUACAGGUUAGUCUCCGAGUACUGUCUUUUGUCCUUAAUGCCUUCAUUGUUCGUCAUGUGAGUCGGGAAGUUUUUGCAGUGAUGACAGUCCGCCUUCACUUACUCUAUGCCACAGGACUACUUCUGUCAAGAGAGGCUUUCAGCGGGCUGCUCUCAGUUCCAAAAGUGCCGGAAGUAUACAGAAAGUUAUCAACCUCAUUUGGAUUGGACAUAAAGUACAAAAGAUAUUUUAUCAAUUUUGUUAACAUAAAUGCUAAGGCACCAAGGAGUCAAUUAGAUCCUAAAAAAUGUGUAGAAUUCAGAUCCUAUGAAGAGUUCAGGCUCAAGAUGAUGUCACUACUGUUUAAAUCAGAAUAUGAAAUAUUCAUUUACCUUUCACAUUACAUAAACAAUUUUCAGAAGAGUUUUGACAAGCCUUAUAUACUUGAUUCAUUCAGCAUAUGGCCUUUAGUUUCAGGGCCAGUAUGUCUUUUUGGCUGGUAUGUUUGGUUACAUGCUAUGGAACAGCCACCAGAGACUGUCACCAGGAACUACAGUGCAGGAGUGACAUUUAUGGCUCUGAGUAAUAUCUGGCAGAUGCUUCCAAGAACUGAAGGAGACAAGAUGCUGGGUAAAGAGAAGGAUUUGGCAAGUCCCAACGUAAAGAAUUUUAGUUUCUUCCAAGGAAAGGGUGAAUUGUAUCAUGUUAUAAAUAUACUAGGACACUUUGCAUGUUUAUUAAUUUGGCCAGAAAUAGAUACGGAGUUGGGAUCAAUCUCCUGGAGCUUCUUCAAGCAAGGCUGGCUCAAGGAAGCUCUCACAGAGGGGAUCUACCUCAUGAACUUCUUCUCACUCAUUUCUUUAGCCCAGCAAGGGGUUUAUCAGAUUCAGGUAGAGCUGUUAGUUCCAGUUUCGAAGAAGUCUGUUGAUUGUGUUUUAGUAAUAAAGUCAACAUUUGCAAGAUUUUUAUCGACAUUACUCCGUAGCCUUAUACUUGUCAGCCUCAUUGUCCUCGUCUUUGGGUGGUCAUAUUCACAUCUGCUUCUUCAGCUGUAUGGUGGCAGUCAGCUGAGUGAUGGUGGAGGAACACCACUGAUGAGAGCCCAGUGUUUCUUUGUUGUCUUCUUAGCGGUCAAUGGAAUCACAGAAGCAUAUACUUUUGCAGCCAUGAAUGACAAAGAAUUAGAAAGCUUCAUUUAUGCCAAUUGCAUCAACAUGAGUUUCAGAAUUAUAUAUAGCCUGUGGUUUAUCCGUAAUCAGUAUGAGAGAACUGAUCAUGAACCUCUCACUGGUCUGUAUAUUCCCCUGAAGCUAGUUUUCAUGUUCCUUGUGGCUGCAGUUGUAACAGCCCUGUCUGAGCUUAUUGUUUAUCCAAGAAGCAUCAUCAUGCACAUCUUAAUUGGAGGAGUCUGUCUAUUGGUAGUCGCCUAUUUCUUGCGUUGGGAGUUGAAGACACUUUACGAAAAAAUCUUAAGAUUGCUAAGUAAAUGUCUUACAAGGUCUGAAUACAGGGAUAGGCAGCCAAGUGGAGAUAAUUUUUCUCAUACAUGGAUUGUUAAUAAAAUACUUCCAUGUUAUAUAGCCAUGUCAAAGAGAAAAGUGAAUAAUUGUAUUUAAAAUAAAGUUUUUUUUUAUAAUGC